AUGUUAACAACUCCUAAUCCUGACUCGGCAGUAGACAAGACAACUAAGUUAACAACAACACAGCACACUCUGUUCGUUAUAUAUCGACAUUUAGUGUGGCAGCCAACAUCCCUUCUAUCCGCUACCUCCGGGCACCCAGACUUCCUUCCAGGACCCCUUUUUGUGGAUGCCAACUACGCGUUUUAUCAAAUCCACGCUUCGCAAACUGUAGAUACACAGCAGACACGCACACAGCUUGCUUCUUCUUUAAUUUCCAGUGCCUGGGCUCCUGAUCUUGCAGUUGCUUUGCCUUCUUCCACUACGCUUAAAAGUGAGACUCAUACUGCAGCAUUAGCAAGUUCCUCAGUUUCUGAUUUAAGCUUUACCUCCCUUGAGAGUAGCCAGGUUCCCUCUGAUUCCUCAGUCCUGUUAGCCACUGUGCCCUUAGUUGAAACUACUUUUACUGUUGCUGAAAGCACUGAAUCAGAUAUAGAACCUGAGCUCACAACAACUUUAGUUCUUGAAGACCCAUUAGUCUCCUCUUCCUUAUUUGUUACCACAGCAGGAACAGUAAUAGAACCUCCCAGACAUAAUGAAUCAAGUUAUACCACAGAUGUAGCCCCUACUUUAGACUCUGAUGGAAUUGUCACACCAUUGCCUCCUGCCAUGCCCACAUCUGAACCUUCUGUUGAUAUUGACACUGAAGUGCCUAUCACACCAGCAGCAGUAGACAUAGAUGAAAUUAUUACAACCAGAAAAAGUGAUGAACCCCAAAUAAGUUCAGAGAGGCCAAAGUUUACUUCCGUAGCAGUAGAAACUUUAGAUUCUGCUCAAGCCAGUAGCCCCAGUAGUGAGAUUAGUGCCACAGAAACAAUUAGUCCUGCUGUGGGGAAACCUGAUGUAACACCAGUUAGUAUAGCACCGGAUACCAGUGUUGCACCAGUUACUAGUGUAAUACCAGGUGCUAGUGUAACACCAGAUACCAGUGUAGCACUAGGUAUAGCAUCAGAUACCAGUGUAGCACCAGCACCAGUUGUGUAG